AAACAGUAGGGCCUUUCUGCAACUCAAGACACAUAACAAAAAACGGAAGAAAACAGGUGCUUCUGAAGACGCAAAGCGAGAAAGCAACGUUCGAUCGAUCGAUCUCUAUUUCUUCACCAAAACGAUACCGUUUUCCGGUCACCGUUAAUUUCACCAACACACGACGUUAUCAGGAUUGAUUAAAGUGUGAUAUAGUGUGAUCAUAAUAUCAGAUUAACAGGGUACUUCGGAAAAUUGAUCCAUCGAUGAGAAGCAAUGUAAUAGCAUGGUCCAUAUCUGGCUUAAUCUUGGAAAUAUUAACUCGUUAGUUAAAUCAAUAUGACACUCGAGGAUUUCUUUACAUCAGUCGAGUUAAAACAUGGGCUCACAACUCCAACACGAGUUCACGAACUCCUAACCGUUAUGCAAAAUGAGAAAGAAAACAUUGGAAAAAAUGUUAGUGACGGAAGUCAUGGAACGCGCCAGUGGUCUGCUAUUGCAACCGCUAUUGCAGCCACUGAAAAUAAAGAGUGUCUUGAUCUAUUUGUCCAGUUAGAUGGACUCUCGUUCAUUGCUAAAUGGCUCAAAGAUGCUCAAAAUGUUGUGGAUGAUAGUGGAAAUGGUGGUUUUGAUGAGUUAAUCGUUGCGUUGUUACGGGGGCUAGAGAGGCUGCAGGUGGACCAUGAUCUGUCUGUUGGUUCGGGAAUUGGGCUAACCGUGCAGGGUCUUGUUGGUCAUAGUAGUUUAGUGGUUCGGGAGAAAGCUAAAGAACUUUGUGAGAGGUGGGCUCCAGUUCAGGACGUUGAUGGAGCUCCGGCAGAUGUCAUUUCGGCUUCUAUUUCUCCAGGUGGGAAUAAUAAUAAUAAUAACGUAGAAAAUGUGGAACAGUCGGUGUGUUCUGAUACUGUUCAACAAGAAACUGAUAAAGACGAGAUGCCAACACAGGAAAUAAUUAUGGUUGAAAACGAUAAAUCUAAAUCGGAAUCGGAAAGUACGCUUUUAACGGGAAUUUCUAGUACUUUGGAAGAUGUGAAAGAGAAACCGGAGAAUAACUGUACUUCAUCCAGUCCUGCGGAACACAAAACGUUGACUUCAGAUAUUGACGUUGACCACGGUUUGGAGUCCGCUACUAAGACCGAAACAAUGGAAGACGUUAUUGACAAAGAUGAAGAGAUGGUGGAUCUAGACCAUGGGGACACCGUAACGGAACUCGAAACCACUAGUAGAAUUGGUGAUUCCGCUGGUGGUGGCGGUUUGCAGGAUUCACCUGAUGCCGAUAAUCAUCCUAAAAUGACAUCGGAUACAGAGAGUGAUGAGGCGGAUGAAGAUGAUAAAAAAGAUGUUGGAACCGAAAGUGGGGAUGAUUCGGCAAGCCAUUCACGAUUAAAAAAACGCGGUGAUGAUUUCAUUAACAAAAGACCGUCUGAUAUGGAACUCGACUAUGGAAUGGUGGACCCGUUAGAGCUUGCUCGACAAGUCGCUAAUGAAGUGGAAUUAGAAGUUGAUUCACCAGAACAAAGUUGCAGUAGUACUACAAGUGAACCUGAACCCGGGCCAUCUUCAAAGGGUUCACCUAGCCCAGCCGAACCUGAACACCCAGCUACUCAAAUUAACGAGACGGGUCAAGAAUCAGGACUUAAUCCCGAAAAGGGUUUUUCUGGGUUUGAUCUUAAUCAAGAAGUUUCUUCUCAUGAAAUCGAAACCGAAAACGAACGUCUGGUUGACCAGAUUGUGACGCCGGUCUCGGUUGUUUCAGCUUCAAGGGCGGCAGCAGCGGAUGGGCUACCGGUUGCCCCUUUGCAAUUCGAGGGUACUCUCGGUUGGAAAGGGUCAGCUGCCACGAGUGCGUUUAGACGGAUCCCUGAAAGUGAAAAGACGUAUUCGUCCUCCUCAAGCCACAACAACUCGAACCAACGUUUGAACCACCUUGACUUUGAUCUGAACGUGGCGGAAGACAGUGACGAUAAAAUUGAUAAAACUCAAGACUUCUUAUCUCGAGACAAAGUCGAAGAGUCUUCGAAACUCCAGUUAGAUCUUAAUAGUUUCGGUGACGGUGACGCUGGAGUUAUUUCUUUAGAUUGGAAACAUGACGGUCGGGUGAGACAAAAUGGGGCCCACAAAAUGGAUUUGAAUUUAAAUGAUCACUUGACUAUUCAAAAUAAUGCGUCGUUUAACAAUACGCUUUUUGGCAAGCCGUUUAACAACAAACGAGACGAAUCGGUUUUUUCCAUUUUUGGUACCCAAGUUGAAGUAAACCACAACGAAUAUAUUCCGCAUCCUACUUUCCCGCCUAGUAAUGGAAGGAUUCCGGAACCUUCAGUGGAUUUCAGUUUGGGUCGGCCCGGGUCCGGGUCGGGUUUUGGGGUUGGAUCUUCUAUGCCUUACGCUAAUCUACCUGCUUACGGUUAUGGCCAUAAUGGUUAUACGAUGGGACCCAUGUAUGCACCGCCCGGUGGACCAAUCCCAUACAUGGUCCAACCCACUUUUCCUCAACCGACACAACCGUUCUUCUUCAACAUGGCUGCAACCGGUGCACCAUCUGGUUCAAACGGUGCUGGCCCGUCACGUAACAGCCUUGAUUUGAACCCCGGCUUCAUAACCGAAAUGGGAAAUCGGGAGAUGAACAACAACAACAUGGGGUUGAGACAGUUUUUCAAUCACAAUCAAGCUUCUUCGAGUUCGGUUACUGGAGGGAAACGUGAAGAACCCGACAGCGGUUGGGAAUUAUUCCCGAUGAAUUACAAGCAUCAACAACCACCAUGGCAAUAGAGGUUUAUUUUUCAUUCAUGUUGAUCGGGUUUCCUAUUAUUAUUAGACACAGUUUUAUAGAUUAGGCGAGCGGUUAACUUUUAGUCGGUAGAAUUCGAAUAAAAACUUGGCAGUGUGGGGGGUGGCAAAGGGUGGAUCUUAUUCAUGGGAAAAGAAAGUAGGUUUUUACAGUGAUUUAUUUCUUAAUUUUCCUUUUUCAGAACUUUGUUCUCAUAGAGUUGUAAUUUCUUCAUCAUAUAUAUAAUAUCAAAGAAAUUUAGAGAAA